GAUGUGCUAAACAUCCGGGCUACCCGUGCUAGCGAGGGAAGAUGGCGGCCGCAUUGCUACCAGCUGAUUGGAUAAAGAACUGGGAAAAAUCCGGAAAAAAUGAUUUUGUUCAGUUGUGCCGCAGUCUAAGUGAAAAAGGCCAGGAACAUGUGACGUUUAAAGAGAUCCAGCAAGUUCUGUACGAGCUUGCCUGUCAAGUCAUUAAAGGAAAUUUAAAGCAGGAUCAAGCUUCUAGUGUUCUUAAUGACAUAAUUGAUUUCAGAGAAGACAUGCCUUCAGUAUUGGCAGAUGUUUUUUGUACUUUGGAUAUUGAAACUAGCUGUUUGGAAGAAAAAUGGAAGAGAGACAAUUUUACUCAACUGGUAUCAUCCUGCUUGUAUUUAGUAUCCGAUACCAUUCUGAAGGAACGUCUAGAUCCUGAAACACUGGAAUCUCUUGGGCUUAUCAAACAGUCUCAACAGUUCAAUCAGAAAUCUGUAAAGAUAAAGACCAAACUUUUUUAUAAACAACAGAAAUUCAAUUUAUUGCGAGAAGAAAAUGAAGGCUAUGCCAAGCUGAUUGCUGAGCUUGGACAGGAUAUAUCUGGAAGCAUAACAAGUGCUUUAAUCCUGGAAAACAUAAAAUCCUUAAUUGGAUGCUUCAAUCUGGACCCAAACAGAGUUCUGGAUAUCAUCUUAGAAGUUUAUGAAUGCCGACCUGAACAGGAUGACUUCUUUGUACCAUUAAUAGAAUCUUAUAUGGGCAUGUGUGAACCUCAAACACUGUGUCAUAUCCUUGGUUUCAAAUUCAAAUUUUACCAGGAACCUAAUGGGGAGACUCCCUCAUCUUUGUACAGAGUUGCAGCUGUUCUUUUACAGCAAACUCUCAUUGAAUUGGAGGAUCUAUAUGUACAUCUACUGCCUCUAGACAGCACUAUCUUUGAAGAACACAAGAAGGAAGUUCUAGAAGCUAAACAGCUUGUGCGAAAGCUAACGUUGGUAAUUCUAUCAUCUGAUAAAUCUGAUGAGAAGGAGAAGGACAAAGACAAGGAUGAAGAAAAAGCUGAAAAGCCUCCAGACAACCAGAAGCUUGGCUUAUUGGAAGCACUGUUAAAAAUCGGAGACUGGCAGCACGCUCAGAACAUUAUGGAUCAAAUGCCUCCGUUUUAUGGCACCUCUCAUAAAUCGAUUGCCAUAGCUCUGUGUCAUCUUAUUCAUGUAACGAUCGAACCGCUCUAUCGGAGAGUGGGCGUUCCUAAAGGGGCCAAAGGUUGUCGCGUUCCUCGUUUGCUGAGUAAGAAGGCUCCAAAACUAGUAGAAUGUUUUGAAGACUUGAGGAAAGAUGUUUUCAGCAUGCUUUGCUUCCUUGGCCCUCAUCUUGCCCACGAUCCCAUUCUGAUGGCAAAAAUUGUCAGGCUUGGCAAAGCACUGAUGAAAGAGUAUCAGUCUGAUUCAAGUAAACCGGAGGAAAAAGAACGAAUGGAAGUCUUGUUCAGUUGCCUGCUGAGCAUUACAGAUCAGGUUUUAUUGCCUUCGCUUACGCUCAUCGAUUCGAAUGCGUGCAUGUCUGAGGAACUCUGGGGGAUGAUUAAAACCUUUCCUUAUCAGUAUAGAUAUCAUCUGUAUGGACUUUGGAAAAAUGAAACUUACAACAGCCACCCAUUGCUAGUCAAAGUUAAAGCACAGACCAUUGACCGAGCUAAAUAUAUCAUGAAACGUUUAACAAAAGAAAAUGUGAAGCCAUCAGGAAGGCAAAUAGGAAAACUAAGCCAUAGCAAUCCAACGAUAUUGUUUGACUAUAUCCUUUCACAGAUACAGAAAUAUGACAACUUAAUCACACCAGUAGUAGAUUCAUUGAAAUACCUUACGUCCUUGAAUUAUGAUGUCUUGGCAUACUGUAUUAUAGAAGCCCUUGCUAAUCCAGAAAAGGAAAAAAUGAAGCAUGAUGACACCACAAUCUCCAGCUGGUUGCAAAGUUUAGCUAGCUUCUGUGGAGCAAUUUUUCGAAAAUAUCCUAUAGAACUAGCUGGGCUUCUGCAAUAUGUAGCAAAUCAACUAAAGGCUGGUAAAAGCUUUGAUUUACUGAUUUUGAAAGAGGUGGUACAAAAGAUGGCUGGAAUUGAAAUUACUGAAGAAAUCACAAUGGAGCAGCUAGAGGCAAUGACUGGCGGAGAGCAACUUAAAGCUGAGGGUGGGUACUUUGGACAGAUAAGGAACACAAAGAAAUCUUCUCAGAGAUUAAAGGAUGCCUUGUUAGAUCAUGACCUAGCCCUACCCUUGUGUCUUCUUAUGGCCCAGCAACGAAAUGGUGUCAUAUUCCAUGAAGGUGGAGAGAAACAUUUGAAGCUGGUUGGAAAGCUUUACGAUCAGUGCCAUGACACCCUUGUGCAAUUUGGAGGAUUUUUGGCUUCUAAUUUGAGUACAGAUGAUUACAUAAAACGAGUUCCAUCUAUUGAUGUUCUCUGCAAUGAAUUUCACACACCCCAAGAUGCUGCAUUUUUUCUAUCCCGACCUAUGUACGCUCAUCAUAUUUCAUCUAAGUAUGAUGAGCUAAAGAAGGCCGAGAAAGGAAACAAACAGCAACACAAAGUACACAAGUAUAUCUCAUCUUGUGACCAUGUGAUGACUCCAGUUCAUGAAGCCGUGGUUUCUUUACACCCUCCAAAAGUUUGGGAUGACAUUAGCCCUCAGUUCUAUGCUACAUUCUGGUCUCUGACAAUGUACGAUCUUGCAGUUCCAACAUCCAGCUACAACAGAGAAAUCAGCAAACUGCGAAUCCAGAUGAAGGCCAUUGAUGAAAAUGCAGAUAUGCCUCCAAACAAAAAGAAGAAAGAAAAGGAGAGAUGUACUGCCCUACAGGAAAAACUGCUUGAGGAAGAGAAGAAGCAGUCUGAGCAUGUGGGGAGAGUCUUGCAGAGAAUGAAGCUGGAAAAGGACAACUGGCUUUUAGCACGGUCAACGAAAAAUGAGACAAUCACAAAAUUUUUGCAGCUUUGUAUAUUUCCUCGCUGUAUUUUCUCAGCAAUUGAUGCUGUCUACUGCGCUCGAUUUGUAGAGCUUGUACACCAGCAGAAGACUCCAAAUUUUUCCACCCUACUUUGUUAUGAUAGAGUGUUUUCUGAUAUCAUUUACACUGUAGCAAGUUGUACUGAAAAUGAAGCCAGCCGAUAUGGGAGAUUUCUCUGCUGUAUGCUGGAGACCGUUACAAAAUGGCAUAGUGAUCGUGCAAUCUAUGACAAGGAUUGUGGCAGUUACCCAGGUUUUGUGACAAUUUUAAGGGCGACCGGCUUUGAUGGAGGAAACAAAGCUGAUCAACUGGAUUAUGAGAAUUUCCGCCAUGUGGUACACAAGUGGCAUUACAAGUUAACAAAGGCAUCGGUUCAUUGUCUUGAAACUGGCGAAUACACUCAUAUCAGAAAUAUUCUUAUUGUUCUGACCAAAAUUCUGCCAUGGUAUCCUAAAGUCUUGAACUUAGGACAAGCCUUGGAACGCAGAGUACACAAGAUAUGCCAGGAGGAGAAGGACAAACGACCUGAUCUCUAUGCAUUGGCCAUGGGCUACUCAGGACAGUUGAAAAGCAGGAAACCUUUCAUGGUACCUGAAAAUGAGUUUCACCACAAAGAUACCCCCGCAAAGAGCACCAUCCCUGCAGCAGUACAGAAUGGACCAAAUACUGCUAGCCAGUCUGCAUCUAUCUUGGUAAAUGCAGCUAGACCUGAAGAAGGCAGUACAGAUGAUACUGAAAAAUUAAAGGAGAAAUCUCAGAGUAAUUUGAAAGCUGUUGCCAAAUCUGCUAGCACUACUCCAAAAGUGACUGCAAGUAAUGGAAGUAACUCUUCUAACAGUAAAAAUGCAAAGGAAAAGGAAGAGAAAGAUAAAACUGGUAAAGAAAAGGAAAAAGAAAAAAGAGAGAAAACACCAGUGGCACCACAAGAGACCAAGGCACUAGGAAAAGACGGAAAAGAUGGAAAAGAUAAAACAAAGGAAGAUCGUUCAGGCAAAGAUGAGAAGGUACGAGACACCAAGGAGAAGACCCCUAAAUCGGAUAAAGAAAAGGAUAAGGUCAAGAAAGAAGAGAAGUCCCAGAAGGAAGAUAAAUCAAAGGCUGUUACGGUGAACACAGAGUCAAAACUGGCUGCAGAGAAGGAGAGAGAGAAGGAGCCCACAAGAGAGAAAGAUGUAUUGAAAGAAUCUAAGUUGAAGGAAGUCUCAAAAGGAGGAGAUAGCAAAGCCGUUGCUGGGUCCUUGAAGUCCCCGGUUCCCCGAUCUGACAUAAUUGAAACUGAAAGGGAACAAAAACGACGCAAAGUUGAUACGCAUUCUUCUCCAUCACAUUCCUCAGCAGUAAAGGACAACCUCAGUGAAUUUAAGGACUCUUCAGCAAAGCACUACACAAACCACACUACAGCGCCGUUACCCAAGAGCAAAGAAAAAGAACUUGACAAGAAAGAUAUGGACAAAUCAAGAGAGAGGUCACGGGAAAGGGAGAAAAAAGAGGAGAAGGAGAGAAAAGAGAGGAAGAGGGAUCACUCUAACAAUGAACGCGAAUUGACUCAGGAGUCAAAACGACGCAAAGAAGAAAAUGGAACCAACAGCUCAUCCAAACACAGUAAAAGUGAAAGUCCAUCUGGUUCCCCGCACUCAAAUGAAAAAGAAAGACCUAAAUCAAAAUCUUCAAGUAAGGAGAAAGGGGAUCUCUUGAAAUCAGAAAAGAUAGAGAAAAGUUCUUCUGGCAGCAAGAAGGAAUCUCGACACGACAAAGAGAAAUCUGAGAAGAAAGAAAAGAGAGAGAGCGCAGGUGGAAAAGAGGAGAAAAAGCACCAUAAGUCAUCAGAUAAACACAGAUAAUGAACAGUCUGAAGCUCAAGACUUUGCAAUGGAUGAAUCCAUGGAAUACCCACAAGUUGUGUUGAAAUUGGGAAGGUGGCCAGCAGUGACCAUAUGUGUUUAUUUUGCCAGAAUAAAGAUUGCACAGAUUUUGUCAAUAAUGAGGGCCCAUUUGCAUCACCUUAAAUUAUUCAUAUAUUUGCAGUUAUUUUUAUUUUAUUUUUGCUCUCAAGUAAAUGUUUAAGUUGUGCAUUAUUGUAAUUUACAUUUUCUUGCUGGUUCUCUUACCCAUUUAUUUUCAGUACACGGCUGGAAGUGUUUACCUAUUCCAUAAUUUUAAGCACAAUGUGCUGAAAACUCGCAUUUGCCACAGUGCUGAUCAGAGGUUAAUUUUGUGUGUACAUACUUUCACUUUUAGGUUGUCCAAACACUGCCUGAGAUAUAGUAAUUCUUGGCAAAUUAAGAUGCAUCCUUUUUAAUGUUGGAAUCAUAAAUAAAUAAAAAAAAUUCAACUUUUUUUGGAAUUUACCUCAUUUAAAUUCUGCUUUUAUUUAUUACUUGGCCUGUAAGUAAGAAAUGUGGGAGCACUGUGUCCAUGUUAAUGAAUAGGAAAUGUUUGUAUAUUAUGUGUAGAACAUCAAAUACCUGUUUAAAGAACAAGAUCAGUUAAGUACGAUUUUUAUCUAUCAAAUGUCCCUAGCCGCACACACUUUGUCAUUUUUUUUUUUUUUUAUAUAUAUAAACUGAAGCAUUAUAAACUUUACCCAAGAUUAAUUAGGUUUCAAUUAUACACCUACAGGAGCUUUGUAUCGCUAAACUUUAGACUGAAAAGUUUCAAACACUUUUUUUAAAGAAAUUUUUAUCUGCCGAAUUCUACCUGUGUAAGCUUUUUUUCUAAAUAAACAAUAGUUUUCUCAA